AUCUUCCCAUCUUCCCAUCUUCCAACUUCGCAUCCACUUACCCCCGGCUUACCAUGUGAAACAUGGCUUACCGUAUAUUGUCUAAAACAAGACCUCGCCCACCACAAGGGUUGUGAAGGGUUUGUUGCGUGAUAAGGUCGCCAAGGUGCUGUGUUUUUCCCUAUUUUCGAUCAAUGAUCAGACUUUCAAUAUCACAAGGGGGAUAGUGAGAGGGAGAUCUGAGAGAGAUUGGUUAUUGGAUAUUGAGCCACUAGAUCCAAUGUUUCCAAUGUUUGACGACGCCUUCGAUCGUUUCCUAAUUCUAUAAUUCAACCAACGAUCACCGUUGUCAUUCUCUGUCCUCUCUGUCCUAUCUGUCAUCUCCUGACAGAAUAUCCCUCUUUCCACGCGAUCUUUCGUACACCCACCUGGACAUUCCUCGCUUCGUCAGCCAUUCGCGUGUUGACAAGACAUUUUUCUAUUUCUAUUGGACCCGGGAUCAAGCCAUUAAUGAUCCUCCUAAAGUCGUCUUCGUCUUUGCUUCGUCAUUAUUAUUCCUUUCCGCCAUUGCUUUUCAGCCCAUCUAGUGUUCCGCUUGUUCCUCUCAUCCAGCCAUGGUCCAUUAACCCGUCCUUGAACUCCCCGAAAUACAGAUGAUUGCACGUUUUCCCUAUCCCAAGAGGGAGUCGAAACGACCACCCUUUCUAGCUCGUCAACGAUCAUAAUGGCUUUGACCGUGAAACACCUUAACUCCGACGCCUCAUUCCUCUUAUCCUUUGAACCCAUCAUCCCCGAAUUCGCUCAGGGUCUCGUAGCUAAACCAUUCACCGUCCUCCUUGAUCCAUGGAUAACAGGUCCCUCUAAGAUCUUUCAUUCAAAAAUCUCUAUAACGACUCACAUACACCCAGCAUGUAUAUCGUCGCUGUCUGAACUGCCGGCUCCGCCAGAUCUCGUCAUCAUCAGUCAGCAUAAGAGUGACCAUUGCAAUGAAGCUACGUUACGACAGUUGCCGGCGAGGGGAACUAACACUCUCAUUCUUGCCGAGCCACAAGCAGCACGGUUGAUCAAGAGUUGGAAGUACUUUGAUGAGAAGAAGAUUCGGACGAUAGAGCGGUGGGAAGACCCGAGGUUGACGGGCAAGCAGUCGGUCGUACGAGUUCCUGUCCCGCCUGCAACACCCGGCGGCCAAGGAGGCGAGGUGACCGUCGCAUUCAUACCGCAGAAACGCGACCUAGCAGGCUUACACGCUGCAAUCGGUAUUACGUACCGACCUCCACCAACACAUAACCUGAGGUACUAUCUUCCUACCAUAUCAAAGUCACCUACGCCGCCCGCCACUCCCAAUACGCCUACGACACAGGUAUCUAUUGCGACAUCCACAAACGCCUUAUCCAUUCCCGAUACCCUUCUCUCGCCGCCCACACCGCCAGUGUCGCCUCAUUCAUUGCGCUCAGUUCAGUCCGCCUCGACUUUGAUUCCUUCUCCGGCACGUCCAAGUCCAAGUGUUCACUUCCCGCGUUCUACUUCUUAUAACCACGUACGUCCGGCUACUUCGAAUGGACAUACUCGUCCUAUUUCUGUCAUAUUCUCGCCACACGGAAUCUCGUACGCCCAUCUAGCGCCUUACGCUACGUCUCACCUAGUGGCUGAGGCAGCACUUCCGUUGACGGCACUUUUGCAUUGCAUGGAUAGUAUAUCAAAUCCGUGGUGGCUCGGCGGUAAUAUUUGCGCAGGAGUACCUACCGGUGCCGAGAUUGCGACGAAACUAGGCGCGAGAGUAUGGAUCAGUGCGCAUGAUGGAGAAAAGGACGUCCGUGGACUGGUUACGGGGAUGCUGAAGACGCGGCGUUGGAACCGCGACGAGGUUGAAAUCGCUCUAAGCCCUCAUUUCGCCACGAAGCCCGGCGAGAAACCGACACAUGCACGGAAGGGAAGCAACGGUAGUAUCGGCGGCGUUAGCACGGAAAUCAUGCGCCUCGGCAGCGGCGACGAAGUUGUUGUCUCAGGGAGCGGCAUGCUAUGGUCCUCCGAGAGCCAGAAAGACCAGUGGGCCCUCGACAACGCGAAGCCCUAUGUAAGCAUGAAGGCUCAGGACCUAGGUAAACUGAAGCCGCUUGACCCUCAGGCUGGCUUAAAAUCGAGGAGAUCGUUUAGGGGAGGUCUUUCGUUGAGAUUCAGGUCCACGGCCGCUCUUGCGACAGCCUGAGACUUGAGACUUGGAACUUCGAAGGUUAUGAUAUGGCGCGUUCGUUUCGCCUAUGAUGGUAUAUUUAACAUAAGUUACUGGGAAAGAGCUCUUAUCUUUUAAUAGGUUUUAUGACCUUUGGGAACGGUUUGGCGCGAUUGUCAGAAAUGAGGUUUUUUUUUUUUUUUUUUUUUUGAAAAUGAAAAGAUACCAGGGACGGGCGGGAUUCAUCUUAUUUUGGCUGUCUAUAUUUUAUUACGCGGAUUUUGCCACGGCGGGCUUUACAGGUCGAGCUCUCAAUUCGACCUUCGCGUCUUGGUUGGGUAAGGGAACGAACGGGGUUAUAUCGGCUGGGAAGGGAUACUUGACUUGGGAUGAAGGCGUUAGGACUUGGGGAUUAAGGAUUCUACGAAGUUGGUUUCUGGCUUUGGGAAAUCACGUAAAGAGGUUAUCCUCGUGGAUAUGGACAGAA